CUUUAUAGUUCCCACCCCUCCUCCCCCUCAUCCUCCUGGUUCUUAUCCUCCUCAUGGCUCUUAUUUAUCUCAUUUAUCCUCCACUUCUGCCUCUUGUCUCUCACACACACCUCCUUCCUCCUCUUAUACACCAGCACACACUUCAUAUCUAUCACACACUCCACGGACAGUAAGUGCUCACAGGUCUGAGCCUGUUCCUGUUGGUUCUAUUAAUAAUUCUGAGAUGCCAACUGAGCUGAUGUCUCCUGUUGUCACAUUGUACGAUAUUUCUCAUCCUCCAUUAUUUGAUGCUCGAAGGUCGCAUUCUGGUUCACUGAAGAGCAGUGAUGAAGAUGAAGAGAGAAGUUUUAUUCCUUCAAAGAGAGGAAGUUCAAGACAAAGCAGCUUCAGAAGCUCAAGAAGUCCUUCAAUGAGCAAAGGGGAACCCAAUGAGAGAUCAAAACUGAUUGGAGAAGAGAAAGUUGAGACUGGAAAUGUAAAAUUCUCUGUGUUUUUUGACUAUGCUAAAGCUUGUUCUCUAUGGAUAAGCUUCAUUACUUUAUUUUUUAACAUGUUAACUGAUGGAGCAGCUGUGGGUCAGAACCUGUGGCUAGCUCACUGGAGUAAUGGAGAGGAACAUACUAACAAGUCCAACCUUGCACUGAAUUUAGGUGUAUAUUCUGCUCUUGGUGCACUCCAGGGUAUCAUGGUUCUAUUUGGUGCCUUUUCAUUAUACUUUGGAGCACUUAAUGCUUCUAUGAGGCUUCACAAUGGAAUGUUAUCAAAUAUACUCCGAUCUCCAAUGUCUUUCUUUGAUACUACACCUCUUGGUAGGAUCUUGAACCGUUUUUCAAAGGACAUAUAUAUGAUCGAUGAAGAGAUCCCAAGAUCCCUGAGGAGUUUCCUAAUUACAUUAUUCACAGUAUUAAGUACAAUUGUAGUCGUCUCCAUUGCUUCUCCAUGGUUUAUGUUAGCUGUCAUUCCUCUACUAGUUGUCUAUAUAGUCAUUCAGCGUUACUAUGUCGCAACCUCAAGGCAGCUAAGAAGGUUAGAGUCAUCAUCUCGCUCUCCAAUAUACUCACACUUCCAAGAGACCAUCAAUGGCUCCUCAAGUAUAAGAGCUUAUUUAAAAGUUGAUGAGUUCCUGGCACAAUCAGAAGCUAAAGUGGACUACAAUCAAAUUGCCUAUUAUCCCAGCGUCUGUGCUGAUAGGUGGUUAGCAAUCAGGGUAGAGUUUCUUGGUAAUUUUAUCAUACUGGCAGCUUCAUUGUUUGCUGUUCUUCAGCGUAAUUAUGAUCAAGUCUUUGGCUACAUUAGUCCUGGCAUUGCUGGCCUCUCUAUAUCAUACGCAUUACAAGUUACUCAAGAGCUUAACUGGAUGGUAAGGAUGACUAGUGAGCUCGAAACUAACAUUGUAGCAGUUGAGAGAACAAAAGAAUAUUCAGAAACACCAACUGAAGCUCCUAGUGUAAUACCUGGUCGUCGUGUUCCUCCUGGUUGGCCAACUGAAGGAAGAGUCCAGUUUGAUCAUUAUUCUACACGCUAUCGUCCAGGACUGGACCUUGUCCUAAAAAAUAUCUCGUGUGAUAUUCCUGGAGGCCAAAAGGUUGGUAUAGUAGGUCGUACAGGAGCAGGGAAGUCAUCACUAACUGCAGCAUUAUUCCGUAUCAUUGAAUCAGCUCAAGGACGUAUAUUGAUUGAUGGUGUUGAUAUCAGUACUUACGGACUCAAUGAUCUGAGAUCAAACCUUACCAUCAUACCACAAGACCCUGUAUUGUUUUCAGGAACCCUUAGGAUGAAUCUCGAUCCAUUUGACAUUCACACUGAUGAUGAGUUGUGGAGAGCAUUAAAGACAGCUCACUUGAGUGGAUUUUUUGAAUCGCUGACAGGAGGAGAAUCUACCAUUACUGAAGGAGGAGAGAAUUUAAGUGUGGGUCAGCGUCAGUUAGUCUGUCUGGCACGUGCUUUGUUACGCAAGACAAAAAUCCUAGUUCUUGACGAAGCUACAGCUGCAGUUGAUGUAGAAACUGAUGAAUUAAUACAGAAAACCAUACGGAAAGAGUUCUCUGACUGUACUGUAUUAACUAUAGCUCACAGACUCAACACUAUAAUGGAUUAUGACAAGAUAAUGGUACUGGAUUCAGGUCGCAUAAGGGAGUUUGACACUCCAGGUAACCUAAUUGAGCAACGUGGAAUUUUUUAUGGAAUGGUAAAAGAUGCAGGACUUGUUGAUGAUUAACAUAGUACUAAUUUAUUAUUUAUUUUGUAUCUGAUAUUAUUAUUAUCAUUUCUGCUAAAUUUAUUAUUAUUGAAGCAGUGAAAACUAUUGAACUUUUUGAAACUUA